AUGGUGGUCAUGAAGGCUAUGGGAAUGGAGAGUGAUCAAGAAGUAGUACAGAUGGUUGGAAGAGAUCCUCGAUAUUCUGCCCUGCUAAUGCCAUCUAUUGAGGAUUGUGCAAAGGAAGGUAUACAUAAGCAAGAGCAAGCUUUGGCCUACCUUGAAACAAAGGUGAAGAGGUUCAGUUUUGCUGGUGCUUCAUCUGAGAAUGAUGGUAGAGUAAUGACCGUUCUUCAAGAUGUGUUUCUUGCUAAUGUUGAGGUGUGUCAGGACAAUUUUCGUCCAAAAUGCAUAUAUGUUGCUGUCAUGUUGAGAAGGAUAAUGGAUGCAAUUUUAAACAAGGAUGCAAUGGAUGACAAGGAUUAUGUUGGGAACAAGCGGAUUGAGUUAUCUGGCCAAUUAAUUUCUCUUUUGUUUGAGGAUCUGUUCAAGACAAUGAUUGCUGAAGUUAAGAAGGCUGUAGACAACAUAUUAACAAAGCCGAGCAGGUCUAGCCGUUUUGACUUUGCACAGUGCAUAAUUAAAGAUAGUAUUACCCAUGGCCUUGAAAGAACCUUAUCUACCGGAAACUUCAAUAUAAAACGGUUCAAGAUGGACAGUAAAGGAAUGACACAGCAUAAUUGGACCGAACCAGAUGUAAGAGAGAGAGAGAGAGAGAGAGAGAGAGAGAGGGGCGGAGGGAAAGGGGAUGGGGCUGGGGCAGGGCUGCGUGGAGAAGAGGGGUGUCACUGGGCUGAGAGAUUUCGGGGCUAUCGGGAGGUGUUAGCGAGGUUAUCUUUUAUAGGGUGUCUAGGCCAUAUGACCAGAAUCAAGCCGCAAUUUGAGAAGACACGGAAAGUAAGUGGACCUAGGGCUUUACAACCUAGCCAGUGGGGCAUGCUUUGCCCUUGUGAUACUCCAGAAGGUGAACCUUGCGGACUGAUUAAAAACUUGGCCCUGAUGACUCAUGUGACAACUGAUGAAGAGGAGAGCCCGUUAAUUUCUCUGUGCUACUGUUUGGGUGUUGAAGGCUUGGAAGUACUAUCAGGAGAGGAGCUUCACACACCAUAUUCUUUUCUAGUUUUGUUCAACGGAAACAUCCUUGGAAAGCAUAGGAAGCCACAGCAUUUUGCUGCUGCAAUGAGAAAGUUACGUAGAGCUGGGAAAAUUGGGGAGUUUGUAAGUGUCUUUGUCAAUGAAAAACAGCAUUGUGUUUACAUUGCUUCUGAUGGAGGUCGAGUUUGUCGUCCGCUAGUCAUUGCUGAUAAGGGCAUAUCAAGGGUCAAAGAACAUCAUAUGCUGGAGUUGAAGGCUGGAGUCCGCACAUUUGAUGAUUUUUUAAGUGACGGGUUGAUCGAGUAUCUUGAUGUUAAUGAGGAGAACAAUUCUUUGAUUGCUCUAUAUGAAGAGGAGGCAACAACAGAAACAACACAUAUCGAAAUAGAGCCUUUAACCCUCUUAGGUGUUAUUGCUGGUCUAAUUCCAUAUCCUCACCACAACCAGUCUCCUAGAAAUACGUACCAGCUACAUCGAAUGGACUCAUUGCUUUACCUUCUGGUGUAUCCUCAACGGCCAUUAUUGACAACAAAGACCAUUGAGUUGGUGGGCUAUGAUAAACUUGGAGCUGGGCAGAAUGCAACUGUUGCUGUGAUGAGUUAUAGUGGCUACGACAUAGAAGACGCAAUAGUCAUGAACAAGGCAUCUUUGGAUCGUGGUUUUGGUCGUUGUAUUCAUAUGAAAAGGUAUUGCGCGGUGAAUCAAAAAUAUGAUAAUAACACACAAGACAGAAUACUAAGGCCCAAUAGAGAUGGUUUUGAUUCUGGACCGAUGCGGGUGCUGGAUGAUGAUGGGCUUGCUGCACCUGGGGAAAUUAUUAGACGAAAUGACAUCUUAAUAAAUAAACAGGUCCCUAUUGUCACAAGGGGGCAAUUUAAAUCAGCAUUAAAUGAUAGCGAGUUUAAGUCUGUUCCACAAAGAUAUGAUGGGCCUCAAGGGGAAUCAUGUGUGGUCGAUAAAGUGGCUCUUUGUUCUGAUAAACAUAAUAACUUAUGUUUCAAAUUCGUUGGUGAUAAGUUUAGUAGCAGACAUGGACAGAAAGGUGUUUGUGGUACCAUUGUCCAGCAGGAAGAUUUCCCGUUUUCUGAGCGUGGCAUUUGCCCUGAUUUAAUUAUGAAUCCUCAUGGGUUUCCAAGUCGAAUGACUGUAGGCAAGAUGAUAGAGCUUCUUGGGGGUAAAGCAGGAGUGUCAUGUGGCAGGUUUCACUAUGGCAGUGCGUUUGGUGAACCAGGUGGUCAUGCAGACAAGGUUGAAGCUAUAAGUGAAACCCUCGUGAGGAUGGGAUUUAGCUACGAUGGCAAGGACUUUAUAUACUCAGGUUGUGGCUUUGCUUCUGAAAUUCAUUGCAUGGUCCUAGAUAAAAUGCAUGCACGAGGAAGCGGUCCCCGAGUCAGUCUAACUAGACAACCUACUGAGGGAAAAGCCCGAAAUGGAGGACUACGAGUGGGAGAAAUGGAGCGUGAUUGUUUGAUUGCUUAUGGUGCUAGUAUGUUGCUUUAUGAACGCCUAAUGAUCUCUAGUGAUCCUUUUGAAGUUCAGGUUUGCAGAGUGUGUGGUUUGUUGGGCUAUUACAACCAUAAGCUGAAAACUGGAAUUUGUUCCUCAUGUAAAAAUGGGGAUAAUAUUUCCACCAUGAAGCUUCCCUAUGCUUGCAAGCUCUUGAUUCAGGUAAAGCUUGGGAAUUCAUUGAAUGUUCUUUUGCUUAUCCAAGCUGGCACAUCCCCUGUUUGUGGAAGGUCCCUUAACAUCCCCUUUAGUAUAGAACUUCAAUCAAUGAACAUAGUUCCUCGGUUAAAACUAGCUGAGGCAUGA